UUCAAAUGGAGAGAGAAGAACAAAACAAAACAAACAACCAAACAAAUAAACAAAUAAUGAAAUAAAUAAAUAUAUAAAGAAUGUGGUUCAUCGUCACAAUUUCUCACUGUCCUCUUAUAUGAAUGAAAUAUUAUUCACUUAUGUAAAUGAUAAAUAGAAUUUUCCUGAUUAAUCUGAUUGUUAGUUAUUAUUAAUAUUGGAUAGUUAACAGUUCAAUAUUCCCAUUUAUCUAAUGGAUCAAAAUGUAUCACAUAAUGUAGGAUUCAUUUCACUAUCGUUAAUCAUAAUGUGAACAUGUUUGUUUUCUACUACUUAUAACUUAUAAGUAGUACUUUUAAAAGAAACAUUGUUGGAUUAAUUAAAUGAAUUUUUGCUAUAUGAAGAUCAAUCACUAAAUUUACUAGUACUAAUUAUCAUCAAUAUAUCUCUAAUGGAAAUAAUGCAAAUUACUUGAAAUAUUCAACUGAUGACUUCAUCUUCUAUUAUUUGUGAAUCAUUCAAUUCAGAUAAUCAAUAUUCUGAAUUGACUCCAAUUGAUUUAAAUACAACAUCAUCUAAUAUCAUAGAUCCUAUUACUAGUACUAGUACUAUUAUUAUUACUCCUCCUCCUCCUCUUCCUCCUGCUACUACUACUACUGCUAAUGUUACAAAUGAUAUAGAAAGUAGUAUAAUUCAUGAAAAUCACAAUUUACCUGUACGUUGUAAAUCAUUAGAAAUAAAAUCAACAGAAAAAUCUUUAAUAAAUUCAACUUCAAAGAAACGUCAUCGAAGUACUGUGGAAAAUCAAUGGAAUCAUUCAAAUUCAAUGAAUACUUUAACAAAUUUAAAAUAUCAUCAUACAAAAAAUAAUUUAUGUUUAUCAUUAAAUGGAGAACAAAAACAUCAAGAAGAAUGUAUGAUAGAUGUAAAGAAACGAAAAACUGUGGAUGAUAAUAUGCUUCAAGUUGGUUCCAUUAUUCCUGAACCAUCAGCAGUUUAUAAUUAUACUACUAAUAAACCAUAUGAAUAUGAUGAAUUAAUUCAUGAUUAUCCAAAAUUUAAAUCUUUUAAUCAACAAGUAAAUAUGAAUAGAACAUAUUCACAUUGGAUGAAUUCAUAUGAACAGUUUGAAAAUAAUAAAGAAGAAUUAACAAAUGAACUAUCUACAAAUCGUAUACAAUUAAAACAAUCGAUUAAAAAAGGCUCCACUCGUGAGAAUAUAUCAAAAACAUUGACGAAUCAUAGUAAUUGGAACACUUUCAAUGAUACAAUGAAUGUUAAUCAUCAUAAAGAUGAAAUAGAUAAUGAAUUAUCAUCUGCAUCGGAGCUUACAACUGCUGCAUAUAAUAAUUUUGUACGUCGUGUCGUUGAUGAUACAUUGGAUCGUACAGUGACAUUUUGUGAACAACCACGACAUGCUAUAACAGCUUUAGAAAAUAUUUGUACAAGAGCAUGGCCUCAAUUAGAAGUGAAACGUCAUCGUAAUCGAAUACGUGCCUAUCUUAAGGCAUGUAGACGUAAUUCCAAAAAGAAUAAAGGUCAAAUCAAUAUGAAAGAACCACCUGCAAAUGGUUUGUCAAUUGAAGCUCGACAGCUUGUAUCAAAAGCGUUAACUUUAGUAGCUGGAGAUUUAGACUACUUAAGACAAACGAUGCAAGCAGAGAAAGUUAAAAAUGAAUCAUUAUUUUCUUCAUCAAAAUUAGACAAUUCAAGUGAGAAAUCAUACUCUGCCACUUCCACCACUAGGAAACGAUCUCCCACAAGUUAUUCAUCAAAAAUGAAUUUAUCCACCAUAACAACAACAACAGCGAACAGUUUAGAUUUCACAGAUAUUUCUAAACCGAGACAUGAUCAAUUUGAAACUUAUGGCGCUGGUGAUAAGUUAAAAUUUAAUAAUAAUAAUAAUAAUAAUAAUAAUAAUAAUAAUAAUAAUAAUAAUAAUAAUAAUAAUAACAAAAAUCUUUGGAAUAUAUCAAACAAUCUAUUAAAUGACAUAAUAAGUAAUACAUCAUUUCCAUUUACUGAUCCAUUAUUUUGGUCGAAUUCAUUUAUUCAAAAUACUAAUUUAGAUGGGAAUUAUUUAGCCACUGCGGCAGCGGCAGCAGCAGCUGCUACAGCGAUGGCUGCUGUUAAUCCAGCUAAUCUAUUGAAAUUAUUACCAACUCCAAUACAAUUAAACAAUAACACAUAUUCAUCUAAUAAUACUAAUAUAAAUACGACUGCUACUAGUACUUCUUAUUCCUUAACUACUUCACCUUUCACAUCAUCGUCAUCAUCAUCAGUAUUUUCAAAUUCACCUAGAUUAUUAAAUAAUGAUAAUGUGAAUAAUAAUGAAAAUAUCAAUGUUACAACAAAUACUACUAAUAAUAAUAAUAGUAGUAUUGAUUUUGAUGCGAAACAUGAUCAAUUAUCAACUAUACAGAGAAAAUAUUCUAAACGAAAUAAAUUGUUAUCACAUACAACAUGGUUCGAUGAUGAUCAUUUGUUCCAGGCCAGUAAUAAUAAUAAUAACAAUGGUAACAAUGGUCACUCCUCAAGUCCUAAGUUGAAUGAGCAUAAAUUUAUAUCAUCCGAUAAAGAUUACAAUAUAGAAUCAGAGAUAAACAGACAAUCUAAUUUAAUUAACUUUUAUCGUUUAUAUUUGUCAAACGAUCCAAGCCAUAAUAAUAAUAAUAACAAUAAUAAUGAUUUGAAUUACUGUUCACCACCGCCUGCACAUAUUAGUUCAAUUCAAUACAGUCCGAUAAUUAAUCAAAUAUUGGACAGAUUAACGGAUUCAUCAUUAUUAACUCAUGAUGAUGUGGAAUUUUUCAUACAAAAUUAUGAAAUUACCAAAGUUGCCAUUCAACAAGCACGUUGUAGAUCGAAUUUAAUUUUGAAGAAAAUUGAAAUUGUAGAAAAUCAAAUUAAAUCUUCUUCAAUAAUCAAUUCAAAGACAAUGCCAUUAAAUCUAUCUUGAUCAUUUAUAUAUAUAUGUAAUUUGUUUAUUUAUAUAUGUAAAGAAAGAAUGAUUCUUUAGUUUGUCAUUGUGACAAUUAUUUAAUGUGUAUAAAUAAUGCGAUUGGAAAGUAAAGAUAAGGAAUCAUCUUGAAUUUACACUGUGUUAUACAUUAGAAUACUAUAAACAGGAACUACAUCUUGAGGAAUUGAAUUGUGAAAAGAAAACAAACAAACAACAACAGAAUUAUGGUUAUUUCAUUUCGUUUGUUAUUGUUGUUCGUGUUAUUUGUCUUCUUCAGUGAAUUGACCUACUAACUAUAGAAAAAUGCCAAAGACGUCUUUUGUUUUUUCUCUUUUUAGUAUAUAUGUACAUUGAUUGCUCAAUAGUUAGUUAUUUUGAGAAAUGUAAUUCACUUUUGAUUUAUUAAACAUUUAGUAUUAAAACAA